UGUGUUAGCGUAUCAUAUAAAAUAUAUGUACGUAGAUUAACACAUGAUUAAUUUACGAUUAUCGCACCAGAUUUGAUUACCAGAAAAAAAACAUGUCAACGAUAACAUGAAUAAUAACUAGGAAUAUACAUGUAUAAAAUAAAGUAGAAGAGUUUGGACUGUAUAAUCUACGCUCGAUAAUCUGCACUGAUAACGUGCAUAUUGUUUGUAGAUUAGAAUCUCAAUUGCGUCUUUAAUAUUUUUUAUGCGCUUGUGACGCCUACACUAAGUCGCUUUAAAUUACCCCACCUUGUACAUCGCAGAUUUAAAAGCUUUAAAAGCUUGCACAGCGUUUAGUAUCACAAGUAUUUUCGCAUACUAGCAGCACAAGUAAUAUAGAAAACAUCUACAAUGGCACGGUUGAGUGCUCUGUUUCUUCUUCUUGUUGUCGUCUGCGUCUACGGUGCACCAAAAUCUCCUCAGCCAUGCGAUAUUUAUGAGGAAUGGAAUGACUGUGCAGUAGCAAAAUCUUGCGAAGCUAGAUGCGGUUAUGAUACUCCAAUAAUCUGCCCUACGAUUUGCGUUGCUCGUUGCCAGUGCAUUAAAGGAUUUAAGAGAAAUUUUAAUAGCAAUAUUGUGUCCCUCAGGAUUGUAAAUUGUACUAGAAAACAACAUAAUGAAAUUUCUUGAGGAGUGAUUGCUUUUCACGAUUAAUAUUAAUUUAAUUAUUAAAUGUGUUUAACUAUAUUAUAUAUGUAGA